GCACGAAUGAGGCUGGGGAUUUCCACUGGAUCCUCGGCGAGUGCAACCACCACAGCAGCACUUACGCGCCCCAUCUAACGCCAUUUCCAUCUCUGCUUAGUCAAUGAUCGGAUCGGAAAUUUGCGAAAGGAGCACCAUGAAAAACGAUUUGGUACCCGCGCAGCCGCAACCCCCGCCUGCUGGGGAAGACGGCUAUUGGGGAGCUAUAUGGGGAUCCAUCGCAAGGAUAUUGACUUAUUUGACUGGGAACAACCCUUUUGUGGAAGUUCUUAUUUUGAUUUCCCAAGUUUGCGCAAAUUUGGUACAGCGAUUCAGAAGAGCACCCGCAGCACCUGACGUGAUUGACGGUCCGGAGCAACAAGAGGACGGGCCUACACGGCGUGAAAAUCGUGGCACGAGGAACAGGAGACGAAAGAACAGGAGACGAAAUGCGCCAGACGGUACAGAUGAGCCGGACACCACAUAUCCUGCCUCUCAUGUGGCUGACGGAAAGGGUGUCGUGCGCAUAAAACGACUGGUAAAUGAUGGAGAUUGUAAUCCUGUCGUAAUGGAUGCUCAAGCUUGCAGGGUGAAUUACGUAACAAACCAAGGGCAAGUGCAGGAACAACGAGCGAUGGACCCUGGAAAACUUACUGGAGCCAACAGACUGGAAAUAGACGAAGUGAAACUUUCGGGCAAGAAUUCGCCAUUCAUGCUGAGUGCCUCACAUUGUGACUUCAACUAUGAGAAAUAGUUUACGACAUGAAAAGGUUCGACGCGCAUUUCCAGUCCUACCGAUUUACUGUAAAAGGGUGCUAGGUGAUUGAACUGUGUGGAGUUUUCGUUUCCUAAUUUCUCUGUUCUGUUGUUUUCAUACUUUGUCACCGAUCUCUACAUUCGUAGCAAUUUUGACGCGAACUUAUUGGCCUUUCGUGGCCAACUGUAAAAAAAAAGAAAAGAAAAAGAAAAACAGUUCCAUUGCAAUUGUAAACAUAACGGCGGUUCAUACUUGGCGAUAGAGCGAACACAAGCGCGAUUUGGUGAAGUGAGAUCAGAAAUGUUGAGCACAGUUCAGUUUCACGGAAUGAACCUUAUCCACGAGCGUCCAUUUUUAAAGUCUUGUUCCCUGAAUCUAUCAUAUUCAGUGAACUCUGUUAAAUGGGGUGCUGCCAAAUUAUUUUGAGCUCCAAAAUCUCACUUUUAGUCUUUUAAUGCGACUAUCACAAAUUUUUUUUAUUGUUUUUUACAAAAAUCGGCACGAAAUUUAUGGACUUCUAUUUUGUCACUGCAUGCUCUCAUAAUUAAAAGUUGACCUUACGACCAAUUCAAGAUGGCUGACACACGAAUACAGUCGUUGAUUUCGAUACCGGAGCAUGAAUUGACCUGUUGCAAUUUACAUGUACAUAGUUGAGCUGUGAAUACGAAAAACGUCUGUAAUCUCUGUACGGAAGGAAUUCAAUGUAAGCGCCCCAAACACAUCGCACAUCUCGUGGAGUCGGGUGUAGGUAGUUGAAAUCCUUGAAACAAAGCCUUACUUCGUUACCUCCACCCGGCUCCGCGGAACAUAUACAUGAUGUGUUUGGGAGCAGAUCUGGUUCGGCAUUCUGGACCAUGCAGGGAAAAUGGGUUAGCGGUAGUUAAAUUGUAAUGGUUACGGAUAUGUUUGUAGAGGAAUAAGCAAUCAUUGACUGUUCUUCUCUGGACAAGAGUUGGCAAAUUAAACAAGUCAAAUAGUUCAGAGUAAGAUAUAAUACGACGAUCAUUGUGUAGGACCCUAUAUAUAAACAUUAAAUAACGCCGUUGCAGUCUUUCCAGUCGCUCAGAUUGGGAGUGAGAAAAAGAAUUAAAUACUACUGUGCAAUAGUCCACUUGGGGUCUGAUGAGGGAGCAGGACAGUGCACAAAGUACAUGUUCACUUUUACAAUGUUUGAAGUUUCGCCACACCAAGCUAAUAAUGCUGUUAAUAAUGCUUAUAAUGUUUAUCCCUUCAUUCGAUUUUAUACUUUAUAAAAUGUAUUACAAUUACAUGUAUAUUAGCAUUACAAGCAGGCAGAGGUCAUGUGUAAAAAAAAGUAGUAGUGUAAUCGUUAAAAUAUAGCUUAGUCCUUUGUGGUAGCUACAUAUUAAUUUCUGGCAACUUGUUGACCUCAAUUUUAAUUAUUGUAUUUAAACUUUUGAUCUUUUUGUCUUCUAACGCAAUGGUCACAGAAUCUUUGAGAAUUGUUCCUUGUGACUAUGGCUGCGAUGGUAUUGUUUUGCAUAAUUAACGACCAUCAUGUUAUUGAAAUUUUCCUUUUAGUCGCCUUUAUCAGGAUCGAAUGUCUAAGCCUUCAUCAUUUCGUUUGCAUUUCUUGAUCAUGAUUUGUCCACUGUGGGUACCAACGCGUGCCAACCCAUUUUUACUUGUACCAAUUUCAUGUAUUAACCCUAACUUGAUUCCUCAAUCCACUCAUUUCAAAAAGAUUUUACAUGCACUUUAGAGGGAGUUAGGUUGAGGGAUUCAGACUCGAUAUCAGAAGUGUGGACUUGAGUGCAACACUGACUCAUAUCAUAUGAUACGGGCGAUUCACAAUCGUGCGCCGCCGAGAGUUUGCAACGCGUUUGCCAAUCACAACGCACGAAUUCUGUCGACCCAAUGCGCGUUUAGAAAGAGUCGGCAGGUUUCGCGCAUUACCGGAUUACCCUCAGUCCAAAAUAAUGUGAACAGUGUCUUGUCAGACCAAGUGGGAAAAACACAGACUUAAACUGUCUAGAAAACAAUGUUGGUGGACCCAGAACCAAUUUUUUUGUGGGGGGGGGUUCAAACUGUUAAAAGGCACCAAAAACUUUUGAAUAUUUUCAUUUUUUUCUGGCGUGUGAGGCUUGAGCGUUUUCACGCUUUGAGAAGAAAGAAGAAGAAAUUUAAAAUAAAGGAACGAAAUCGAUAA